UAAAGGGGUUGCGAGGGGGAGAAGUUGACGUAUUUCGAAUUGGAGCUGCGGUCUGGUGGCUUUGGAGAGGGUGGUAGCAGCACCUUCCCGGCCUGAGGUAUCAUUGUCCGGUCAUUCAUAUGUAGCCAGUUCCGUGGCCGCCCUGGGCUGCUGCCACGCAGUGGGGAGGAUUGCAGCAAGAUGUCUGCAAACAGAAAAAUGAGAGAUGUUGACCUCAACCCAUGUAUGGAGGAAAGUGAUGCUUCAGCAAAGUGCUUGGAUGUGAAUUUGUACCAAAAAGAUAUGUGUACCUCAUACUUUAUCCGAUACAAACAGUGCAGGAAGUUCUGGCACAGUGUUAUGAUAAAAAGAAGAGGUGAUGGUGUAAAACCUGCAAUGCCCACUGCUGAAGAAAGAAAGCAGAUACUAGAAUCGCUUGGAAGGGUGCCAUACUGAAAUACUAUUACCUUUUGCAGUUGUAAAAUAUUUUAUGCUUUUAUUAAUUCAUCACAAACUCCUUGUAUUGGGAAAUGUUGACUUAUCUGUAUUAAAGACCAUACUAAAUCUA